ACCAUAUAAAAGUUAUAUAAUGUUUUUUAAGAAGUCUACCGAUGUUGUAGAGCCGCGGCCACCCUCCUAUGGCGCCUCUCCGACCCGGAUCCACUCGUUUAAUAAAUCCGGUUUUUUUUACCAAAAAAAAAAAGAAACCACGACGUUCUCUCUUCUCCCACCAACUCUCUGAUCCUCAUCCUCUCUCUUGAGUAAUACUCCUCUAAUUUCCCUUCACGUCUACUCCACUUCCUACUCCGAAAACCCCAUCCCACCCUCUUCCAAAUCCACCAAACUCCUUCCCUUUUCUCCAUCCCUUCUAACCACCCAUGCAGGAGCUCAAAGCUUCCGGCCAUCACUCCAGACGCUACUUCCCCUCCCACCCAUCCUCCUCCUCCUCCUCCUCCUCCGGUCCCAUGAAGCUCCUCCCCAGAAGAACCCACCUCCACCACCCCCACCAGCACUACGAGAAAGCCCUCCACCUCAAGAAGUACUCCAAAUGGCUCCUCUGGCUUGCCCUCUCCGUCUACCUCUUCUCCUCCUCCUUCUCCUCUUUCUCCCUCUUCCCUCGCCCCACCCCUACUUCCCUCCCCAAAACCACCCUUCCCCUCAAAACCACCCCUCGCGCUCUCAUCGAAGCUCGCAAUACUUCAACUCAGCCUCCUCCUCCUCUCAAAAUCUAUGUGUACGAUCUGCCCUCCAAGUAUAAUAGAGACUGGCUGGCGGACCGGCGGUGCGAGACCCAUUUGUUUGGGGCGGAGGUGGCUCUCCACGAGGCGUUCCUCGACUUCUCCGGCCGCGCUCUGGACCCCAACGAUGCGGAUUUCUUCUUUGUCCCUGUCUACGUGUCUUGUAAUUUUAGCACUCCAAAUGGAUUCCCUUCGCUCCACCACGCCCGCCCUCUUCUCACCUCCGCCGUGGAGCUCGUCUCUUCCCAUCUCCCUUUCUGGAAUCGCUCCGGCGGCCGCGACCAUAUCUUCGUCGCCUCCCACGACUACGGCGCAUGCUUCCACACCAUGGAGGACAGGGCGAUAGAGGAUGGAAUCCCGGAGAUCUUGAGGGAGUCCAUUAUUCUGCAGACCUUUGGGGUGCGGACGCCGCACGCGUGCCAGGAGGUGGAGCACGUGCAGAUACCCCCGUACGUUCCACCGGAUAUUGAACGGUGGCCGGCGCCGGAGACGGUGAAGAGGGAUAUCUGGGUGUUUUUCCGGGGGAAGAUGGAGGUCCAUCCCAAGAACAUCAGCGGCCGCUUCUACAGCAAGAGGGUGAGGACCGAGAUCUGGCACCGCUACGGCACCAACCCUCGGUUUUAUCUCCGGCGAAAGCGGUUCGCCGGGUACCAGUUAGAGAUCGCGCGCUCGGUUUUCUGCCUCUGCCCCCUCGGGUGGGCUCCAUGGAGCCCGCGCCUCGUGGAGGCCGUCGCCUUGGGCUGCGUCCCCGUCAUCAUCGCCGAUGGCAUCCGCCUCCCGUUCCCGUCGGCUGUCCGGUGGCCGGAGAUCUCCCUCGCGGUGGCGGAGCGCGACGUGGGCCGGCUGGAGGCCAUCCUGGACCACGUGGCGGCCACCAACCUCUCCGCGAUCCAGCGCAGGCUGUGGGACCCGCCCAGGCGGCGGGCACUUCUCUUCCACCGUCGGAUCGAGGAGGGCGAUGCCACGUGGCAGGUGCUGAAGGAGCUCGAGGGGAAACUGGAUCGGUCCUGGCGGAGGCGGCGGGAGGACCAAUUGGAGGUCGACGCGUGGAGGUAGCGGGGAAGGUGGGGGACAGCUGGCUGUUUUUUUUAGGCUUCUCGCUUUCACGGGAGCGGCGGGCCGACCCACGGGCGAUUAUCGCUGGGUUGCUGAGUUGGCGUCACGUGAUUCGGUGAUUGUACAGGGACCACGGUAAACUAUACUUUAUUUUGAACAAAAAGAUGACUAAAUAAAUAAAUAAACAGAAUUGGUUUGAAAGGUAAAUAAGAAUCAAAUAUGAUACCGGAAUAUACUCGAGAUCAUGAAAGGAAAUUUUCGGUGAGGACAAAAGAAAUUUUUUUAUUUGAAAUUUUGUUUGUUUAAUAAUGAGCAUUGGAUAGGUACCAAGGGUUUUGGGUGGCUGGAUGAGAUUAAAGUAGUGGAGAUUAGGUACACGUGGGAGGAAAGCGGACAGGGUUGUAAUAAUUAUGAAUUAAUUCUGAUAUAAAUGAAACAGGACGGUUGGUGCCUUUUUCAA